CAUGAAGUGUGUGAAGACACCCCGGGGGAUUUACGCUCCUACAUGAGUUGAUUUCUAGCCUCUAAAACCUCUACAAACUACUGGAAAAAGUGAUGGAGAAAAUCUACCGCCUGCUUCCCGACGCGCUAAAACGCACGGUUUGUCCAUGUGUUAAUAUUUGUAGAGGGGCUUUAAAAUGUGACUCAGGAGAGUGAUUUUGACUUGGAAAUAUGUAGUCCAGUUUCGAAUCUGCAACAACGAGCUCUAUAUGAGAUAUGGCUCGCAGAAACACGCUUCUCUUGGCGUUUGUUUUCUCCCUGCUUUGCGCACGGACCACGGGACAGGUGUUCAACCUGACGCUCUCCAUAAAAGAGGGUCUGCCUGCGAAAACUAUAGUUGGGGACCUAGGAGCAGGGUUAAGUAGGCCAAGCACCGGAUUCUUCAUCUCAGAGAGCAGAGACUCUUACGUGUUCAGAGAUCUCGAGAUCGAUGCGGACACGGGGAUCAUCUCCACAGCCGUGGUCCUGGACAGAGAGCGCAGAGAUAAGUACGAGUUUGUCGCGGCCACGCUAACAGGUGAGAUGAUCAGAGUGAGCAUAGAGGUGAACGAUGUGAACGACCAUUCGCCUGUGUUCCCCUCAGAGGAGGUUGACUUGGAAAUCUCAGAGCUGAGCCCACCAGGGAGUCGGUUUCAGCUUGAAGGGGCGAAGGAUGAGGAUGAGGGGGAGUUUGGUACCCAAGGAUACAGGAUCACAGAGAGUGAGAUGGGGGACUUGCUCCAAUUAGAGUAUCGCAAUGGAAUUGAAAACCAUCAGAGUGUAAAUCUCAUCCUUACAAGACAACUAGACAGAGAAACCCAAGACUUCUACUCUCUUGUCAUUGAGGCCUUUGAUGGUGGCAUCCCAGCCAGAUCUGGGACUCUCCGGGUGAAUAUCAAAGUCCUGGACGAGAACGACAAUCCUCCAGUUUUCAACCAGACUGAGUAUCAUGCCUCGCUUCCUGAAGAUGCCCCAGUGAUGUCUGCAGUAUGCCAGGUCUAUGCCACUGACCUGGACUUGGGCGAGAAUGCGAGAAUCACUUAUGAGAUCAACAGGAGGCAGAGCGAUCCAAAUGAGGUGUUCUCCAUCAACGAAACCAGCGGGGUGGUGUAUCUGAACAAGCCGCUUGACUACGAGACUCAACCUUUCCAUGAGUUGAUCAUCAGCGCCAGAGAUAACGGGGCUCAGCCUGAGUACAGCAGCACUUUUGUGGGGGUGAAGGUGCUUAACAUCAACGAUAACAGCCCCAUCAUCAGUGUGCUGUUUCUCAGCGAGACAGGAGAUUCAGUGGUGUCAGAGGCUGCAGCAGUUGGGGACUACGUCGCCCGGAUUUCAGUAUCCGACCCAGACUAUAAGGAGGCACGGGUCAGCGUCUCACUUGAGGGGGGUGAUGGAAAGUUCACCCUGAAACAGACGGAUGAUUUUCUGUAUGCUUUGUGUGUGGAUGCAGAACUGGACAGAGAAGAGAAGGAUCUGUAUGAGUUGAAGGUGCGAGCGUCAGAUGAUGGGAGUCCAUCUCUAAGCAGUGAGACGGUUUUCCUCCUGAGGGUGGCGGACACCAACGACUGCCUCCCUGUUUUUGAAAAGGAAGUGUAUGCCAUCAGCAUCCCUGAGGAUGCUCCUCUGGGGAGCUCCAUCAUCCACAUGCAGGCCCGAGACGCAGACGAAGGGGUCAACUCAGAGGUCAGAUACUCCAUCUUGAAAUCCAGCCAGGACAGCCUGAUCAGCAUCGACCCAGAGUCCGGCCUGAUCACGACAACUGCAGUUCUGGACAGAGAGGCGCGGGCGGAGGUUUGGUUCCUGGUGGUUGCGGCUGAUGGAGGAGAACCAGCGCUGUCAUCUACAGCUACAGUUAAGGUGCAGGUGGAGGAUGUGAAUGACAACGAGCCGGUGUUCCAGCAGCAGCUGUACAACGUCUCCAUACCAGAGCACAGUGGCAUUGGGAGCUGCUUUCUUCAAGUAUGUUAAAAAAUAUGUCAGUUUUAAGGUUUUGUUAAGUUAAAGUACAGAAAAAAAGUUCUGAGAUACACUCACAAACAAUCUUUCUAUGCCAACAGUUUGUCUAAAUAUCCAACUUUUGAGUUACCUACUCUUAAAGGAGAGUCCAGCCUUCUCUCAGGAAUAAAACAGAUCCUUACCUUAAACUCCUUUACCCCCACUGUGCAGAAAUUUAUACUUAAACUUUUCCACAGAAAUGUAUCAACCAUGUCCUGCAUAAUCUUAACAAUCAACCACAUUUAUGCACCUUUAACAGGGACUAUUUCCUCGGUAGAAAUUAAUACCUUUUAGCAAUUACAAUGUUUCUCAUGGAUAGAUACCACUACUCAAAGUUUUGAAAGUAAGGUUUGAACACUGUUGACAACAACUGAAAUCAUUUUCACUGUAUUUGGAUAGGGAAUCUAUAUCAAGAAUAAUCCAAAAUAACUAAAAUAAUGAAAUGUAAGACUAUUUUCUGGUCCUUAUAGCUCUGAAGAAGCCACGAUAUUUGUUGAGAGAAGUCGAAGUAAUCUACAGUAUUAACAUUAGUCAUUGUGCUCCCUCUCUUGCAGUCUGAAAGGACAAAAGUAGCUCUCAGUCUGUUUGCACAAAGAAAUCAGUGUCACUCCUAAACCUGCACAACACAAACACUCUCUCCAGUUCAGUGGCUUCAGUAUGACAGAUGUGACGCCUGGUACCACACUGGCACAAGCUGAAGCUGUAACAAAGCGACUCUUAUGUAGCUCAAGUCAUCACACCAAACAUAAGGGCCGUUUGGCACCAAGUCCAGAAUCAAUAGAGACAUAAAUAAUAAUAAUAAUUUUAAAAAGAUAAUGUAUACAUGUAAUUAAUCUGAAUAUUAAUGAUGACCAAAUGUUUAAAAAUAGGUACAAAUGUUCUAAAUAGUGGCCUUCCUGGAAGUGGAGUUUUCUGGGUGUGUUUUAAAUCUACUCAGACCUUGACCCCUGUCACUAAACGCUACCUCUGAUCAGAGUUCAUAAAGUCGAGGAUGAUAUCAUGUUUUAUGACAGGAAAGUGAGCGCUCUAUCUGUAAUACGUGUCUCUUGUCACGGGCGCAGUCACACAUGAAAGGAGCUCGGUCGAUCUGAGGCGCAGUCCCUUUGCUUUUAUUAUAUUGAUCUUCUUUAGCAGAAUAGGACAGGUUUUAAUCAUUCACUGUAACCCUCUGAGUUAAACAUUAAAAAUUUGUCACUGACAAACGAUACACAACGCUGACAGUUAGAACAGAUUGAGUAGCAGGAAGAGAUGAACAUAAUGUAUACUCAGUGGUGAACAAAGUGCACAGUGUCAUAGGUUUGUGUCAAAGCAGGUCAAAUAUUCUUUUGAUACAAGAAAAAAAAUGCAGAGCCAUAUUAUUCAUGAGGUAAAGUGAUGAAUUACCUGGUUUUAAAAUUACACAAACUACCUUUUAUCAAAACCUCCAAAUAUUGAAUUUUCACAGUGCAUGAAUACACUGAUCAUUUGUCCAGUUUGUUUUUGUAGGUUACAAAGAAACAUCAGCAAUAGUUCAAGUCUGUUGCAAAAAAAACUCUUUACAGUAGCUUUAAUCGAGAGUUUCUGAUAAAUGAAGAUUUUCUUUUCUUAAACAGUUGUUUUGUCUUCUUAGGUUGUUGCCAAGGAUGCAGACAGCCAUGAGUUUGGUGCGCUUGUCUACUCUCUGUCUGACGGCUUUGACAAACAAGACAAACACCCUCUCUUCAAAAUCCACCCGCACACUGGAGAGCUGUGUGUGUCUCAGGAUAUCGAUCGAGACUCGGGACAGACGGUCUACGACAUCCUGGUCAAAGCCGAAGAUCCAGUGAGUGAAUUUCACAUGUGAAAACUAGAUUUAGAGAAAUAUUUACACAAGUUUGAACUAACUUCUCACACCUUUGAAACUUCAGGGAGGCCUGAGCGCUCAAACCUACGUGCACAUUGAAAUAGAUGACCUGAAUGAUAACGCUCCUGUGUUCAACCCCGACGAGUACACCAUGAGCAUCAGCAGCCACACACAGCCCGGCACAGAAAUCCUCAACGUCAUCGCUACCGACAGAGACUCUGGCUGGUUUGGACAUGUCACCUACAGCAUCGUUCCUGGUGACAUGUCCAGUUUGUUUGCACUGGACAAACACACAGGUGGGUGGACAUAAGAAAAAUCCAUUUAUUCUUGAGUAUUGUUUUAUUUCCAUGCUGAAUUAAGCAACACCAGAGUCAAAAAUAUACAAGAAAACAAGCUGGAAGAGUAAAAACGAGGAUGCAAACUCUGAGUAUUCUCUGGGAUUGAUCUUUGGAAAUGUAAAUGUAAACUUUAUUUAUUUAUACAGCCCUUUAAAACAACCCUUUUGGUGAACCAAAGUGUUAUACAAUACAUAGUAAAUAAAAAUGAAUAUAUAAAAACAAUAAAAAGAAAUAAGAUACAAUGCAAUAAAAUAAAGUGUCACCACGCUACUGGGUAUGAAAAGCCAGCAUACGUAAAUGCGUUUUCAAUCUAGAUUUGAAAAGGCCCAGGUCAGAAAUAAGUCUCAUGAAAUGUUCUUGGUUAGUUAUUUUAAAAUUUUGAAAAAUAAAAAUAUGAUCAAAACCAACGCUUAUUGCACAUUUUUUGCUAAAUCAUUUACUUCCAAAGCAACAAAAUGGAUAUAUCUGACUUAAUUGCACAGCUACAGAGCACACAGUUAUAAAAGUUGUUCAACAGGCUACAUGAACAUGAACAUAAAGGGUCGUAUGAUUCCUCACGACUGUGCUCCUUUGUCACACAGUUAAAAAAAAAAAAAACAUCUAUCUGCGUUUUCCUGUCCUGAUCAACUCACUUAUCUUUAAUUGACUUGUGUGACUCACAGCUCCCGUGUUUUUAGGGAUAAACAACUACUUAAUGAUUGUAAGUCCAGAUGAUGUGAUUGCUGGUGUCAGCUCACAGCACGAGUGCUGCACAAAGCCAAAAGCCUUACGUCUCCAUGUGGUUCAAAAUGAGAUGAGAUCUGUACACAAUGUUUCAUCAAAAUACUAAAUAAAUGUGCACAAAGGUGAAAUAAGAGAAUGCAGGGAUUUUCACCUGAUGUAAUGUAGAUUUUUAAGUGUUAAUGACCUUUAAACUCACUGUGUGGUUGUUGGUUUUAGGAUAUAGGGCGAUGCUUAUAUGGGAUUGAAGAGUAAAUCGAGGUGACAAAAGUUACUCAGGUUCCUGACCCAGUUAUUAUCAGGGCUUAGUUUGUCUGUUAAUGGGAUAACAUUACUGCUGACUAAUAGACUGUUUUUCAUCAAACUAUACAAAAGAAGAAGAAGAAGCUAAAGCAGAAAUGUACUCUUAGUGACUUUGAUCUCUGUCUGCCCCUGUAGGAAUGCUCUUCCUGACCUCCCCUCUGACCCACUUGGGUGAAGCCAGUGUGAAGCUCUCAAUAACGGCUCAGGACGGGGAGGGUUUGACCUCUGCUAAGCCUGCAGAGGUCACCAUCAAUGUCUUGCGCAGCGCUCAGGCUCCAGCUGUUUUCCAGAGGUCACGUUACUCCUUCAUGGUGUCCGAAGGUGCUCCACCCGGGACCUCUGUGGGGACAGUGAGGGCCAUAAACCCAGCAGGUGAGUGAGUGAGUGAGUGUGUGUGUGGCAGCAGACUCUAACAGACAGGAGUCAAACCAGGACAGUUUUUAGCACCAAAGAAUGACUAGAUAUUUGUGUUGUCUUCUGCUGGGCUUGAAGAAUGUGUGUUUGAACCUUGACCAGGUGACCAUGGCUCUUUCUGAUUGUGUAUUUAUAAUAAUAAUAAUAAUAAUAUUAUUUUGUUAUUAGCACUGGAGAUGCUAAUAAUCUUGAAAGUGAAGGGCGUAGUUAGGGGAAAAGGCCAUAGGCGGGCAUUUGGUCACCUGGCACACAGCUACAUCCCCUAAUCUAUGCAUAACAUAAACAUUUUUAUUCUGCUGUUAAAAUGGAUAUUUUUAACAUAAGUGUAAUGGAGCUUCUAUGGCUUUUGAAGCCACCCUCAAGUGGACAUUGAAGGAACUGCAGUUUUUUAGCACCAGACAUUGCUCCAUGUUUUAGACUCAGCACUCAGUACUAUAAAGUUGGAACAUACAGCCAUAUCAAUCAAUCAAUCAAUCAAUCAAUCAGUCUUCAUUUGUAUAGCACUUUUCAUACAAAAACAAUGUAGCACAAAGUGCUUUACAUAGCAGAGGAAUAAAAGAAACAAAGAAAACCCUGAUCUACCCCAACCCAACCCCUCAUUCCCACCCCACAAUCUAAGCACAAUAGAAACGUAUUAAAAUGCAUGAACUUAAAAAGGGCUCAAUUUCAUAUAAACAGGAAUGUGCCCACUGAGGAAACGCCAUUUUAAAAUUCAAGAUAAGGAAACACCGGGGGUUUAAAAUCAAAAAACAAUGUAACAUAAAAUGAAAUUGAAGAAAUAAUAAAUAAAACAAAAUAAAAACAACAGUAAAACAUACUAAAACAACAACACCAAAAUAGCUCAAUAAAAGUUGAUCCUGUCAGUAAAAUUAGAAGAGAUAAAUGCUAAAACUCUUAAUGAUAUAAAAUUUAGUUAAAAGCAAGACUAAAAAGGUAUGUUUUCAGUUUGCUUUCAAAAUCAUUUAGAUAUGUCCUGAAAUGGUAUCUUGACCCAGCUGUUAUCACAAUAAAUUCUGUCGUUGUUGUAACCCUCUCAGAGUCCAAAGAAAAGCAGGUCAUAUGAUGUGAAACGUUAACAUUUUAUGUUGCAGAGUAGCAAGUAAAACAAGCUGGCGCUUUUGGAAAUUCACCAUAAACAAAAACAUCCAAAAAAACAAAUUUAUUAAAAGUGUAGUUUUCUUUGGCUUAAAACAUGACAGGAAAAACCCUGGUGUGAUGAUUGUCUUUGUUCAUACAUCCUCCACACAUGAAAACGCAGCAGUAAAGAGGACAUCUUCAGUUUAAACUUUAAUCCUCUUUGGCCAUGUGUUCAAAUGAUAGGGGCCUGAAACCACGAAAAAAGGUACAGUAUUUACUCUUGGUAGUAAAAGAUAGAGCAGUCAUAAAUAUAUGUGGACCGGUUUAGCAUUAACUGUCACAGUUUUAUCUGGUUAGCUCCCACACGACAGUAAAUAUCAGGGUUGUUGGUAAAUGAGACACUGCCUGUUGUGUUUUAAGUCUCAUGAAACAAAUAAAAACACAGACUGAUUUUCCUCUCUCCUCUGAGCAUUUUCCAACACUCUAGUUUUCAAGGAUUAUCCCCCCCAAAGUCCUCUUGAUAUGUGCCUCUAACCCCUGUGUCCCCUUGUUGCAGCCAAAACACUCUUCUUUAUGAGACAGUCAUUUCAGGUUGUCUAGUCAAUUAGCAGAUUAACAACUUCCAGCACAAACAAAAGAGUCGGGCAUGUUCAUCAGGGGUUAGGCGGUGUUAAGCUCUCUGCUUGUGUCAGUGGUUUGUAAUUACUGCUGAAGUACAGAAAACACCCAGCAGGGAUUAAUGAGAUCUUCUGCCCUGCACUCUAAUUACCUAAUCGGGCUUACUCUGUGUGUUUGUGUCUGUGUGUGUGUGUGUAUGUGUGCUGUGUAUAAGUGAGGAUAUCACUUACUAUAUUGAAAUGGUAAAUGUGCAGCAUGGAGAUUUGUUGGCCCUCACUGCUUUUUAAAAUUUUCUUGAGAUUAUUUUAUUGAUUAGUUUUUACACAAUCAUUCUCAGGCCGAUAGAGGUCUUUUAUUUUCCCACUCAACCACAAAUGUUACAGCACACGUCUUCUAUUAAAAUGAGGGUUUCUCUUUUCUAUUUUUGUCUACUUUUUAUUCCAUCUUAUUCUUUUUAGCUUUAAUGACAACACAAUGACUAACACAGAGUGUAUUGAUGUAUACACUGUUUGCAUGCAUUUAACCACUGGACAAGAGCAAUGCCAAAGGCUGGUACUACCUCUGUUAAUGGUGAACAGAUUUUAGCUCUGUCAGGAUGAGAGAGCCCAGCACAGCUCUGUGCACCAGGGAGCUGAGGUGGGCAGGGCUUAUUAAAGACCCACUCUGGUGAAAAUCAUGUUUUCCUUGUUGUCUACAUGUUCAUAUGGCAUUUUUCUGAUGCAAGGGGACAUAUCAUGAGAAAACAAAGUGCAAAAUUGCAUUUCUGAGUAUUUCUGCAUUCAAACCAGACCCAAACGGCAAGUUCAGACACAGGGAUUUUUUGACUUGUCCAGAGCAUUGCACUACCACACACUUGGCGGAACAAGUGUGUGCAGUAGCAGAUUCCAAUGCUCGUAAGAAAGCUCAUUGUGAUAGUAGCUUUCAGUAGUAUUUGAGAGCUGAAUAGCUCCUAUAUCACCUGCCACUUCUGCUACACCAGCAGUGUUAGGCUAUAAGCUAGCGUCACAAAUGACUCAGAGGCAAAUUUCUAAUGAACUACUGGAGCUCUGCAGAAGAAAAGCCCUUGAAAAUGACACAGGUGAUUUUGGCUAAAAACUAAAAACACAAUUUAACGACCACUGAUAACACUUGGAAUGAUUUUUAAAAAAGACAAUCGGAGUGGAGAUCCAAACUAGAUCCAAAACCAGAACUGCAGGACUUUGUGAGCGCAUUUAUUAUCAUAAAUGUAAUCAGUUCUGGACUUAAAUACAGAGCAGAUAGCUGUUAGCUUGUUUGUUGUUCUACUAGUAAGAUCAUCUGUAUGUCAUUACAGACUCCAUGGACUCAGUGUCGUACAGAAUCUCCUCAGGAGACCCUCAGGAGUUGUUCUCCGUCCAUUCAAAGUCCGGUCUGAUCAGCAACAUCAAACCUCUGGACCACGAGUCUCAGCCUUAUGCUCUGCUGGUUCUUCAGUCCUACACUGACACAUCUCCGGUUUACAGCACCACACAGGUCAACAUCACGAUCGCCGACAUCAAUGACAAUGCUCCUGUUUUCCCCAAACUCAGAGACACCAUCACAGUGUCUCAGAACACACUCCCGGGGACAGUGCUGUUCAUAGCACACGCACACGACUACGACAGUGAAGCCAAUGGGAGGGUGCAGUACUACCUGAGGAGCGGCAGAAGCGGUUUGUUUGACAUUGAUAGAAACUUUGGGAUGGUUACACUAAAUCAGAGUUUGCAGGUGGAUCAGCAGAGGUACAACCUGGAAAUUUUGGCCAAAGAUGAAGGAGAACCUCCUCUGAGCUCCACACUAACCCUCACUGUCAAAGUGGACCGCACUGUGCAUGAAGAUAGCCUCACUUUUGAGACACUGGUGUACCAGGUGGAGAUUGGUGAGGGCUACAGGAAGGAUUCCAGGGUCAUCCAGGUGAGGGCGCACAGGAGCCGAGGAGCUCAUACGUCAAACUCAGGAAUCACCUAUUCCUUGGAGGGAGAAGCUGGUUUCCCUCCCGCUCCAUUUCGGGUUCACGCUAAGACCGGCUGGUUGUAUCUCUCUGAAGCUCUGGACUACGAAACAGAAUCUGUGUUUCGUUUUCGAGUGUUGGCGAUGUCCAGGGAGGCCUCUCUGGUGAACAUGACGGGGACAGCCACAGUGACGGUUCUGGUGCUGGACAUCAACGACAACGCUCCGGUGUUCAGCAGGGAGGUGUACUACUUCACCGUGUCAGAGGGUAUGUCACCUCGAGGCUUGGUGGGAACAGUUAAAGCUGUGGAUAAGGAUUCUGGAAAAAACGCCCAGCUGUCUUACAUCCUGCUGUCAGAUGGGAAGUUCUUUCGAAUCAACGCCAAAACAGGUAAAACAUUUAUUUUGAUUUAUUUGAUUGUCCCAAGUUUAGUUCGAUUUGAUUGUGGCCACUUGAGGUGACAUAGGUAGGCAGGGAAAAGACCAGCAUACACUUGGGUGAGCCUAUUGCUUUUCACCCGCCAAUAAAGACAGCAGAAGCCAGAAUUUUGUUUUUCUUUUGAUUAGUUGCUUGCUUUUGUAAAUUAUUCACAAAAAUCCGAAAGUUUGCAACCACGACAGUCUUCUUUUGCCCGUUAAUACCAUAUCCACACUCUAGUGCAUCAGUGCCCUGUGUUUGAUUAUGUUUAAUUUAAACUUGAUUGGAUUUUCAAAAUGAAUAGUCCCCCAGGAAAGUUAAAAAUCGUCUGCUAAAGUAAAGAGAGCGUCUGCCUUCAAGACCCAAACUGUAGCUGAAUCCAAAGGGGAGGGGUCUGAUCAUUUAGAGCUCCACCUCCCAUAAUAGAUAAGUUAGGUACUACCUACAGGCCUGCAAUGCUCUGAACAAGUAGAAUAACACUACAGACUUCGUAAGAUGUGGUCUCACCUUUCUCUUUCUCCUCUGCACUGUUGCAGGUGAGAUUAUAAACUGGGUCGCAUUGGACCGUGAGCAACACAGCCAGCACAGUCUGAAGGUGAUGGUGACAGACCAGGGACACCCCCGUCUCAACGCCACCGCCACUGUUCACAUCCUGGUCACAGACAUUAAUGACAACGCUCCUCAGUUUACACACUUGCCAGUCAGCAGGGAGCUCAACGUUCAGGUAAAUAAAGCGGAAACAUCAGUUUCUUUCAGAUCUUUAAAGCUUCCAGAGGUGGUACAUUUUAAUGAAAGAAAGAUUUUCUUAUUGAUUAAAGCACUAUAGAAACUUGUUGUUUAACAGUUACUGACAGUUACUUAAAGGGCAAUAUAAUUUUUUUCUGUAUAUUUCCUUGCCCUUAAUGCAGUUGCAUGCUUGCAGCAGGAAAUUCUUUAUGGAGAAGUGUGUUAUUAGUAACACUUUAUUUGACGCUUAUCUCUAUCACGCAUUAUAAAUAUAUGUAUAAUGCAUUAUAAUCACGUUUUAGCACUGUAUAACUUUAGUUAUAAAUACUCAUAAAUGAUCAUAAUGCUUUAUAGCAAUAAUCAUAACACAUUAUAAAGCAUCUUAUCAUGACUUUUAAGGUCAGGUAUUAUAAUGUGUUAUAACUGUUAACAACAGUUGCCUUGCAUUAUCUAUUGUCAGUGAGUUGUUAUAACACAUUAUAAUACCUGAUAUUGUAAGUCAUGAUAAAAUGCUUUAGAAUGUUUUAUGAUUAUUGCUAUAAAGCAUCAUGAUCAUUUAUGAGUGGUUGUAACUAUAGUUAUACAGGGCUAUAAUAUGAUUAUAAUGCAUUAUACAUAUAUUUAUAAUACGUUAUAGAGAUAGGCGUCAAAUAAAGUGUUAUUUUUAGUAUCAUAUCAGCAAAAUUCACACUCUCCAUAUAUGUGUCUGUGUCUGUGUUGCAGAUUUGGGCAGGUCUACCAGCAGGAUCUUUAGUCACAAACAUGUUGGCGAAAGACUUUGAUGCUGGAGAAAAUGGGACCGUCACUCUCUCACUACUCACAGGUAACUGAUGAGCAAUAACUAACUGUAUUAAUGAACUCAUUUCAUUAUAACAACCACACCUUUUUUAACCUGUAAGUUUCUGCUCAUGUCUCUGUUGAUUCAGAAGACAAAGGCGCCGGACACUUUGAGAUCGACAGUGAAAGUGGAGACAUCAGGACCUCGGAGGUUUUCACACAGCUAGCUGAAACACACUACACUCUGAAAGUUACAGCCAGAGACGGCGGCGUCCCAGCUCUGGAGAAUACUGCACUCAUCCAUGUCCAGGUCAGUUCAAGACACGAUUCAUCGUCUUUGUUUGAGUGAAUUAAUGUUACGAAAAACUCACUUUUUUCAAGUGCAAAAUCUGCAAUUAUGAAGAUAAAAAUUAAGGUUUAUCCAUGUGUUAGGUAUCAUGUUUGAACAAACUUCAGUCUCUGCAAUAAUGAAUAGGAUAGCAUACUGUGUCACAUAGGAAAUAUUGACUGUAAAACUGCAGUUAAAACCAGAGCAGCAAAUUAUGUCAGUGAGGAAAUACAUAAAAAUCUGAUCCUGAAAGUGUAAACGACUGAUCAAUCCAUCUGAAAAGAUCCAUCUAGCAACUAUAAGGUAAAUCUAAACUCACAUUGCUCCACUGUUUGAUUCACUAUACAAACUUAAUCGCAACUCAAAUCCUAAAGUGAACUCUGCGUAUGCAAUUUAUAAUUGAGUAAACCCUUUUUUAUAAUGAAGCUGUAAGAAUAAAACUUGUUGUAGUUCAAAAAUAAGACAACAAGCAUCAACAAACUGUAUUUCUCUUGCAGGUUCAUGGACUGGAAGCUCUGUACGGCCACUCUGAGCACCAAAUCUUGAGGCGUUUUACUGUAAAAGAGGACGCAGAACCAGCCACUGUGAUUGGCUCUGCCCGUGUUUCAGACGGAGCAAAACUCCAUUACUCGAUCUCUGAGGGGGAUGGGAGCGUGCACUUUGGUAUCGACAGCUCGUCUGGUGACAUUUACAUCAAUCAGCCCCUGGAUUACGAGUCUGCAGCUCAGUAUUUCCUCUUGGUUCGAGCUGAAGACUUGACACUGGCAGCUGGAGUGAACAUGUCAGUGCUGGUGAGCGUGAUGGUGGAGGACGUGAACGACCACACGCCCUGGUUCCCUGAAAAGCUCGUCACAUUCGGUCUCUCGGAGGAUGCUGCGGUGGGAUCGCUGGCGUUUGCUUUUCAUGCCAGGGACGCAGAUGGGACUUUUCCUAACAGCGCUCUCCGCUACUCUCUGACAUUUGACUCUGGACAGUAUGGCUCUUCUUCUCGCUUCCCCUUUCAGAUCAACCCAUACACUGGGAGUCUAACUGUGACGGCGCCUUUAGACCGGGAGACCACUCCCAGCUACACCUUCACUGUGACGGCCACCGACCAGGCGAAGAGGAAGGAGGAGCGUAAGCAGGCGUCGGUGACGGCUCAGGUCUUCCUGCUGGAUGUGAAUGAUAACAGGCCAGUGUUUGUGUCAGCGGAUGCUGUGCAAGUGAUGGAGGAUGCAGAGGUGGGGAGUCUGCUGCAUCAUUUUGUGGCCAUAGAUGGAGAUCAAGGGGAGAAUGGGAUUGUUUCUUACUUCAUCUUGAGUGGAAACAGGAGAGGGUUCUUCACGCUGGAGGAGAAAACAGGUACGACACAAGAUUUAUGACCAUAACUCAAAAAAGGUAGAUUGAUCCUGAGAUUUAUGUUGUUAUAUUAAGGCUGUUACAUGUUGUCUAAAUUAGUUAUUCAUCUAGAUUUGUCCUGUCCUGUGCCUUUUCAGGGCAGGUGGUUAAAAUGUCCAAAUAAAUAGUUUUAAGUAUCUCCAUAAUUAUUUAAAAUCUCAGAUGUUCAUUUAGAUUUUGGCCUCCAAAUCUAAGAUUUAUACAGCAUUUUUUAGAUGUUUUGUUUGAUUCUUUUCAUUUUUCGAAACCUUAUUUUUAAAUAGACAGGGUGCUGAAGGAUUCAUGAACAAGUGAGCAAGGUCUGGUGAUUCCUGUGAAGUUCCAAGUAGUAGCCCAGGGUUCUUUUUUUUUCAGUCUGUAAGCUCGUUCUGUCUUUAUUUAGCUCAGAUGUCAAUAAGAGACAUCUUAAGAUGAUCACAUCUGGUCAUCAUUUUGAAACUUUUGGCCCAACAGAGGUCAGGUUUUGGCGAUUGUUCCCCUUUUAUUGUCUUUACUGCACAAGCACCAAAGCCCUCCCCCUGUCACUGUUGUCACUCACUGAGGCAGAAUCUUCUUCAGCCCUCUUCCUCAUCAACUUUGGAGGACUAUUCUGCUUAUUGGUAAUGUGCACAAGUGCUUUGGAUCCUGACCCAACUUUUUUUAAGUCUCUCUCAGACAUCAGUUGAGGUUCAGCUUAAUGUUGUCUCUCAUCCUCUGAAAAUUAGAAGACGUCUCUUUCUCUUAUUUAACAGUCUGACAGCCCAUUUAGGUCCCACACUUUUCCAGCGUUACUAUGGCAAUCAGUAAAUGUGAUGUGUUGCAAUUAAGUGAGGGUAAAACAAAUUUUCUUUGCAAGAAAAAUAAAUGCAGCCACACCCUGUUUCUAAAUUAGUCUUUUGUAGGCUUCUAUUCCAGGUUUUAUGGUAAUUUUGUCAAUGACUAAAACAGCUGAUAGAAAUGUUUUUGGUUUUUUUUCAGGAUAAACUUAGAGUUUAUAAAUUGUCCAUUUUUUUUUUCACCAUCUAAAAAAGUAUGUGUAAUAAAUGUUUUCAAAGACUCAGCUAAGUUUUUCUGAUAAGUUUUUCUGUUUAUUUUUGUACUACUCAUUUUGGCCACUAGAGGGUGAAGUGCACCAUUAUCUCAUUUUCUCACAUGGAUUAAAAGCCUCUUUGUCUUGUGAACGACUCAAAGAUUAAUUUGAAAGGUAAAGACAUAAGAAAAAGAGAAAGAAAUAUCUAAAAAAUGCAAUGUAUUCAGUUUUUAGUCAAGAACAGAAGGAAAAACACUGAACAUGGAUAACCACCAAGAUCCCUGUGGUAACUUUGUACUGAUCUUUCUGUUGAUAUGUUUUGACAAAAUAAGAAACAAUUGGCAAUAAAGCAACCUAAAAAAACACACUGCUGUGGGAUUAUCAAGACGCAGUCCCUCUUCUGGUCCACCCCAUUAAAGUCCAUAUUUUUUACGUCCUCUUCAGGCUUGCUGUUCCUCUCUGCCCCUCUGGAUUAUGAAACACAGCGUCUCCACCGUCUCACUGUCCGAGCUGUGGACCACGGCCUGUCUGAGCUCUCCUCCACACAGACGCUGACAGUGGAAGUGUGGGACGUGAACGACCAAACACCCGUCUUUACUCAGAAUGUCUACAACGCCAGCGUGGCUGAGAACAGAGACCCUGGCGAGCCUGUGACCCGAGUCUCUGCUACUGAUAAUGAUUCAGGUAAAAUAAUCAGUGUUUGUUUUGUUUCAGCACAAACAAGAGGGCUUGUUCAUGCAGGCGACUUGAGUCAGACAAACACCUGAGAAAGUUAUUAGACAAGCCUGCUCUACAAAGUAAAACAGAAUAAAAAUUUUAAAAACUUCUGUUUCGAUACUUUUAACAUUCAGUUUAGCCUCCUAUUAUCCUUCUGUGAAGGUUGGGAUGGUAGUACGCCUCCAAAGAGUCUAGAUGGCAGCACUAGCACAAGUCCUGGAAGCCUGACCGCGUCGACCCAUGGACUUAAUGCACCCAAAAUCCAGCAAAAAUUCAUGAAAUAGAAAGGAAAGGAAUUAGAGCCCCAAUGAAAAGGUAUUUCUUUAAACAAUAACUGUUUUUACGGACUGUCCUUGCCCAAAGAACGCUUGAUUAGACUGUCCUUCAACUUUAUUUCUGAGCAACAGUGUGACUCUUUACUUUUGUUGAAUUAUUUGAAGUGUAUAUAACAUCGAAUCAGCAGCUCACCUUGCCUCGUUUGAUUAAACCUCACCACCUCAGUGGAUCAAGGUUUUCCUCUGUUUUGUUUCACUCCAUUAGCAGUUUAAUUGAAACCAACCCUUGCCCCCUUUUUCCUCUCAUGUGUUGCUCAGUUUGUGUUUUUUUCAUCUGCUUUACAUUCGCUGUACAGCCAGCAAAUCUCAUUCAUCUGACCCCUCAUCAUAUUCACAAAUCUUCACAUCAGGCCUGUUUAUUUUAACACUUUGUGCGCAGGGCCUCCUGAAUCCCAUUUCUCCUCGCCGUGUUGACAGUAUGAGUCCUUUUAACGCUGGAGGUGGGAGACAUGCGGCAGCGGGAUCUGUACAGGAGGGGGUUUUUAGAUGUGAACUAACAUUCUUGGGGGUGAGAAUUGUCCAAGAACAGCAAGCACACUGCUCCUCUGGGAGAUCUGAAAGGUCCUCGCUCAUGAUGAUUUCCAUAAUCCAAGCCAUCUGUGCCAAUAGGCGCCCUGUUUUCACCCGUCUCCUUGAAUCGCUGCGUCUGGCAGUUCAGCUCGCUCUCCUCUUGUCUGAUUUGAUUAAAGUCUGUGUUGCUUUUUAACCCCAAAUACUGCCCCCAAAUAUAACCAUUGUCUGAUUCAUUUGUCGCUCUCAGUGUGUCAUCUGUUUUGCAAAUUUUUGUGUCAUCGAUUGAUUUUUUAAAAAGGCUUUAAUAAAAACAGAUAACUGUGAGCGUUUAAAGAGAACUGUGUGGUUCCAUUUGACCACAUCAUCUUAGCGGGCGUGCAUAUCCAUAAACAAAUGAUAAAGCUAGUUUGUUUCUCACUUGAUUUUUGACAUUUUUGUUCUAAACUCUUUGAAGUCUAUCAAUUGUUUGCUUAAUGUUAACAGUAGAAAUAUGAAGAGCUUAUUUUUCAUGCUGACAUUUCCUCUAGAUCCCUAGAUUUUUUUUUUCCAGUGAAAAUGUGAAAAAAGUGAAAGAAGUCAGACCAUUAAGCUGCAUUUUUAUGUUGCCUGUAUACCUGCCAGUGUUCAUUUAGUCUUAGUUUUUGGACUAAAAUUCAAUUUAAGUUUGAGUCACAUCGAAGUCCUUUUUGCCCAUAACAGUUUAAGUCUCUUUCUGGUGGGCAAAUAGUAUAAACAUUCCAUGUCUUUAAACUGCUCCCUGAGAUUACUCUUCUGUCACAAAUGCACUGUGAUAAUUUACUCAAUGAACACAAGUGCAAAUUAAUGUGGCCACAGAGCCUCUUUCACUAACUUAAAGCUCCUGAGAGGAACUUUGCUGUCAUGUCAAUUCUGACGCCCCCUGUAGACAAUGACAUGCCUCCGUAUUUACAUUUGUGAGUCAUAUCUUUUAAAAAUCUCCCCCUACAGUAAAACUCAAAUGUAUCACCCAUUCAAAUUCUGUGUGAAGGUUGUCCAACAGCAUGUGAUCAAUCCUCUGGUCUUUAUUUGCUUUUUGUGUGUAAAAAAAUAAAAAUUUUUCCUUUUAUAACAAUCUAAGAAGUCGCUAACAGGAGCUUUAAGAGUAAAGUCUCUUUCAAUGUCAAAUACUGGUGGUGCGCCUAAAAUAAGACAGCAAACAUGAUGUCAAAUCUUCUAAACCAUUAAUGGUACACUAAUAUCUUUAUGAACAGGCAAAUAUUUAAUCAAUUUUGGAGCGCUACAAUGUGUGCAUGCAAAAAAGGCUCUAAUUUCUUUUGUGGAGGACCUCAGCAUUCAGUACCUGUCACUCAACACACCAUUUAGACUGCUAAAAACACCAUUUCUAAUGAAAUGGGAGUCAAUCCAAUUAUAGAAGCAUUGGCAGUAAUGUUAUUGCCCCAUCACUCAGCUGCUCCAAGUGUGGGUGUUCUCAGAUUACAAGACUAACAUAUUUUCUGACUCGCUUUUGCGUGAGGACUUGUUUCUGUGGCAGAAAAUGUUUCGACUGUGAGGUGAACUACACAGCAAGGAUCACAGGAUCUUAAUUGUGAUACCAUACAUAUUACUAAGAGCUCACGUGUUGUCGAUAUAAACACAAGUAUUUAUCACAGGCAAAGAAGCUCCUGUUAGGGGAACAUUUAUGAAAUAGGCUGAAAUUUAUAUUGAUGUCCUUUUAUGUUAUCCAAAAUCAAACAAGACUAUCAGCAACAAUAUUGACUAUUGUUAUUUUGUCAUUUUUAAUGCUUUGAAACUAAUGUAUGGGGGUAGGUGUCAGCUAAGCAGUCAACAGCCCCAUUUUUUCAUUUUUUACAUUCAUAAAUGAUAAGUUUGUUUGUCAAAAGUCAAAAUUAUCAGAUUUUCCUUAUAAUACUAAUAACUUAAUUUUUAUAGCACAAGACAGCACAGAGGUUUACAAAGUGCAUUGACAAAUGGUCAUAAAGUGUUUUCUUGUCAAGAGACACUUUUUUGAAUGUACAUAAGACAAGAUAGGAACAGACUGCUUGGUCCACAGGAGGCACCAAAAUUGAAAGUUCCUUACAAGAGAUUGAAGUGUGUAAUGUCAAAGCAAACUCUUGUCCAUUAAUUAGUGACCAGCAGGGUCUAGAUAGAUGUUUCCCACCCCUUCCUUCAGCUUUCACAGGUGACACAUUAUUAAACAGGUUUAGUUCUCAGUUAGGCGUCACAUAUGGUCCACCUGAAAUGUAUUGACUUUUGAAACAUAUGUGCAAAAAUACACCUAAAAAAAUACAACAUAAUCCCCAUCCGGAGACUGAUGAAAUAAGAGAUUCUUACACCAAAUCUUGUUAAACUCACAUUGAGCUCCUGUGUUUCCCCUUCAGAGGAGAAUGCGGUGGUGUGGUACAGUUUGCUGCCUGGCCCCGGCUACGAACUCUUCAGCAUCAACCCCUACACCGGUCUGAUCACCACCACCUCCUACCUGGACCGAGAGCAGCAACAGCAGUUCACCCUCAGAGGUAAAACGUGAUUACAUGGUGAGAUUUAUACACAAGCACACUCACAUGCACGUCAAUGCCUUGACACAGCAAAGAGACAGAACAGAGUGAUGUGAAACAGGUAAAUAACAUCCAUACAUCGAGAUCGUAAGGCUUCCCUCAGUGUUUUUUGCCUCAUCGUAUAUACAGCACACACUUUGACCGCUGGAAGUAAUAAUUCAACUUCUGUGAAUUUUUAAGCGUCAUUAAACUUAAGGGAAAGCAAACAGUGGCUCUACAUCUCAGAAUUUAAUGAGUUAAAUUUCUGUUCAACCAUCAUCUUUUAACCACAUGGAUAACAAAGAGGCACGUAAGUGUUUGCAUGCCUCAUCGCAGCAGGUUCAUCACAUCACAUUGUAUGUUUUCUUCAUGGUAAUAAAUCAGAGUGACAUGUUGUAAUGUGUGAGGGGGGAAGCAUUGGGGAGUGCAGUGACAAACAGAACAAUCAAUCACAAUCAUGAGCUGAUGAGUGAGAACAAAAAGUGCAGGUCAUAGACCAGGCUGAAGUUAGCUUCAUAAUUAACGGGACAUGUUUGGAGUCUGCACUGAGUGAGGAUGUAAGCUUUCCUUAAAACCCAUUUUUUUUUAAAUUGUGCAGUGAGAAAGUGCAAACAUAGGUAUACACCAACAUGAACACUGCAUAAAUCAGACACCUCAAAACAAACUACUCAGGAAAGGGAUGUUGCUCUACGGGAAAGCUUGUUUACGCACAUUAAGCAGCUUUUAAACAGAGGGAAGUUUGAGCAGAUCAGAUGGUGGAAAUAAGGAGAAGGUAGCUGCGGUUUAAAACAGCACAACUACCACUUUCAAUAACUGCUAUAAGUUCAGUAUAUGGAUGGGUAUUGCAUGGAUGGAUGAACAGAGAAACAGAUGGAGGAUGAGGAAAUGAUGGAAUGAUAGAAUGAUAGUGCUGUGGCUAGGACCCUUUAUGUACUGUUGAUGAAGUUAGGUGCUGUUCUGAGCAUUAUUUGUGGUUACACAGUGGUGUUUUGGUUGAGGUUUGUGUGUGGCUCCUCAGACUGCUGUGUAUUGCUAUCAUAAGGUCGUUACUAAAGUUGGUAUAACUAGAGAAGCAAACGGUCGGCAACAUUCAUUUCUUGAGGGGGUGUCUAAUUCUGUGUUACAGUGUGUUUGACCCUAAAUUAAUUUUACACCAGAAUAUGCCAUGUAGCUACAUAAUGUGAUCAAUAUAUACAAGAAUUGAUCAAAUACAUUUUAUAUCACAUUAUAAUACAUAUAUUUAUCUUAGUGUGUGUGUAUAAGGAAGAUAGAUUGAGGCGUUGAUGUGGAAAUACAGUGUAAAUAGUUGUUGAAUAAGCUAUAAAAAACAAAGUUCUAGUUUGUAAAGUUAAAGGAUCAGCAGAUCUGAGUCUUCUGGCUCAGUUCAGUCCUUGGCAAAGUUAUAAAAACAAAAAUCCACAAACCUGCUCCAAUGUAACUUAUAAAGCAGUCCUCUCCAGUCUCUGCUAAACACAGACACUCCUCUCUGUUUCUCAUUCUGGACUGUCUUUUUUGUCAUGCUUCACAGCCAAAGCUGUAAAGAAUUCAAGGUCUGAGAGACGAAUUAUUCAGCACUUUGAUUUAUGUCAAGGAAACAGAAGACUUUAAAAGGUUUGAGCUCCAGUAUAUCUAACCUCUGCUGGCUGCUCCCUCUGCCUCCUCCUGUGUUUGCUUACACUCUCUCAUGGGCACACAGUCAUUACAUUCAGACUGUUCAGCCCUGUUUGGUGAUAAACUGCUUUCACAUGUUUUAUCCUAAUAUUUGUACAGUCAGCACUGUGAUGAACAAUUAAAUAUAAUAAUAAAAUAUGAUAAUAACAGGAAAGCCUGGAGGUCUGGACUGUAUGCCUGAGUGAAACAAGGCUUGUUGGGAAAUAGAGAAAUAUGUGGGGACAACCUUCUCUGGCUGUGGAUGAAUUUAGAGGGAAAUAACGGUCUAUUCAGCAUGUAUUAAAAUCUGUAGCUGUACACUCUAUCAUGACAGGACCUCUUUUCUUUUCAUGGUUCGUUCUGCUUUAAAGAUUAAAUCUGACUCAGUCUUUUUGGUCAGCGGAGAUGAAAGGGGUAAGACUGGACCAUUGGGGUGUAUGUUUCCACACACUGCUGCAAGUGAUAUUUCUAUUUUCAGUAUUUACAGUAAAUCAGUGUUUAAAGGCUGUUUUACGGGAACAGUCUGUGACAAUUUUGAGCUAUUUCGCAACUUGGAUUUUGUCCUGUUUCUCAGUAUAUUCACCACUGGAGGCUGGGAGGAAAAGAAUGACAACCAUUUAUCAUAAACUUUGGUACAAAUGUCUGCUGAGGUAUGUGAAAGGAGAAAUCCCCUAUGAUUUAUAUUGUAUAUAUAUUUCUCUUGUCUAGUCUUAAGACCACUUAAAGCACGAUUAUACUACAUGUCACAUUCACCCGUUCAGUCCUGUAUGUGGACUGCAAGAGCUAAGGAUCAAAAUGGCCGACUCUACUACUGAGCCACAGCUGCCCCCUUUAACUAGUUUCACCAAGACUGUAGUAUGGAAGAAGAUGCAGGUGCCCAGAUAAGCUAUACAGGUAGAAUGAUAACAAUGUCUCAGUCUCUAUCAGUCAGGACGGGAAAUUCAAUCUGAAAUAGAAAUGACUCUAAUGAUGAUGUAGCAUCCAUGUUUAAAUGAGGACUUUAGGAGCCCAGGUAUUCAUGUAAAACACAAAAAUAAGCAGGACUUAAUUGUUUGUUUAUUACUGUCUAUUUGGGCUGUAAAGCCUUUAUUUGAUUGGACAGCGGAAGGGAAACCAGAAAUGUUUCGGUGGCAUACAUCAUGGUGCGUUUAUACAUAAAGACAAAAGAAAUUGAUCUUGGUGGUGCCAGGAUUUUAAGAAUAGUGGUUCUUUUUGUUUCCUGUCUGUAGUCCAGGCUCGUGACAGCAGCACCCGGCCUCUGUCAGGUACAGCCACAGUGCUGUGCUCUGUCCUGGAUGACAAUGACAACCCUCCGGAGUUCAUGCAGUCCUCCUUCCAGAUCAGCCUGCCAGAGAACCUGCUCCCUGGGGUUGUCUACACGGCUCAGGCCUCUGAUCCAGACCACGGAGAGAAUGGAACCAUUCACUACUCUAUAUUAGGUAAGAAGCCAGAUAUUGACUAAUGUGGAAGGGUAUUUGCACCGUAGUUGUGAGGCUUUAGUCAUUCUUUCCAUCAAAAAUGACUUCAUAUUUACCAGGGGCACCUAUUGGAUGAGAUGCAAAAAUGAAGGAGAGGAAUAAAGAUUUAAGAAAUUUUGAGGAUAAGCCAAACAAAAUUAAAGGUGGGGUAGGCAGGAUCUGAUGGAGUUCCAGUUUUAGGGAGAAAUCUUGAAAGUAAACUCUACCCCUCAAAACCAGUUUUCCCCUCAGCUCCUCCUCUCCCCUCGCUCUCUGGUCCAGCAAGCCCCACCCACAAACAGACGCUCCUGCUCGCUCAUAUUGUUUCAGUUAAAUUCAGAUAUAAAGCAGAAAAAUACUUCAGAUAAUUACAAAUGGGGCCCAGUCAACACAAUGUUUGCAGGACUUUUAAAACUAGCAUAAAGUGACAUACUUCAGGACCCGAGGUAAACAGUUAAGCGGCACUACAACACUCAGCAAGUCCCGUUUGAUAAGAAACACUUCUGUUACACUUGGCUCACUUUGUUAAAGCGGUUUACCUGUCCAGCAGAAAGGUUACAGGGCCCGUAAGAUCCCGAAGCGCCCCUUAUUAUUUAUGCUGAUGUUGACCCGGCCUCUUAGCUCUUGUCUGGUCUACCUCUGUUUUAAGUGCCUGUUAUGCCUCACAACCAAUCAGGUUGGGGGAAGCAGAGAACGGCCAGAAAGAGCGUGCUGCUCAAAAAAAUUAAAAUGUUGACUACACAGACAUAACAGAACACAGUGAUAUCAUUAUAUUACCAAGCUUUUUUGUAUAUACAACACAAAAAAAGAUGCUUCUUUAACAGAAAAAUGCCUACCCCACCUUUAAGUGUUAUUAAAGAGCCAUUAAGACCUUUUUUGUUGAAUUUUGCAGGACCAAAAUCAAUUAAAAUGUCAAAAACUGAAGUCCCAGAUUGGGAUCAGCAGGAGUUAAACAUUCAUCUCUAUCUGCUGUUUUCAGGUGAGGACUACAGAGGUCGCUUCACCAUCAACAGCCACACAGGAGCCGUCAGCACCACACAGCUCCUCGACCGAGAGGACAGGCAGAAUUACACACUCACCAUCCAGGCUCGUGAUUACGGCCCCAAACCGCUCAGCUCUUCGACCCAACUCCAGCUUCUACUGCUCGACCAGAACGACAACAUCCCUUCCUUUACCCAAAAGAGUUACCACGCCUCUGUCAGCGAGGGCCUACCUGCAGGAGCCUCUGUGCUGCAGGUCAGCGCCUUCGAUCCCGAUGAGGGCUCCAACGGAGAUGUGACAUAUUCUCUGACAGAGGACAGCAGCCAGGGGGCCUUCUCCAUAGACCCUCUGACAGGGAUGAUUCGCACCACCAGGUCUCUGGACCGUGAGAGCAGGGCUUCGUACACCCUCAGAGCUGUGGCUACUGACAGCUGCACUCAAGGCCCGCUGAGCUCCAUGGCAACAGUGACCAUUCAGGUAGAAGAUGUGAACGACAACGUGCCGGUUUGCAGUGAGAAUCCCAUCAAUGCGUGGGUCUCAAUGAGGACUCUACCUAAUGAGAUAGUAACCACAGUGACUGCAACAGACGACGACCAGGGGGAGAACGGGACCAUUCGGUUCAUGCUGUCCGAUGAGGAGAAUCUGUUUGACAUCAACAGUGAGACAGGAGAGAUCUCUCUGAGGAGAAGAGUCAGAGCAGGGUUCUCAGGCAGGAAGCUGCAGAUUGUGGUUUCAGACAGAGGAAGACCUGCUUUGACCUCAACCUGCCUGUUUUUCAUCCACCUGAAGGGAGAGCACAAAGGACUACAGUUCACAAGCAAAACGUACAAUGCCACCAUCAAGGAGAACAGCAGAGCUGGUACGUUUCAAUUUAGUCCUCCUUAUUACUAACACAAAUGAGAUACAGUCUGUAAAAAAUGACUGGAACAGUCUAACAACAAACCCUUAAAUAUCUUCUUCUGCUGCUCUCUGUCUUUGUUCUUUCCUUUCCAGGCACUUGGAUAGCAAAAGUGGAGGCCAGUGACCAAACAAACAGCAGACAGAGGAUCAUAUACACCAUAUUCAGUGGCAAUGAGAAUCUCAUUUUCUCCAUCAAUCAAUACACGGGUAGGAGAAAAAAAAGUUUAAAAGAGAAAUCAAGUUUUCUUCCCUUUUUGUUGUUGUUUUUUCAGUUAUUUCUGGAGCUCGCUGGUUAUGAUUAAAAGCUGGCGUUCUUGCAGGAACGUCAUGCAUGCUUUCAUCAUUUAAGUUAUGCUAAUAGCACAAAUUCUCAUUCACUCAUCCGUUUUAUUUUCCACAAAUGCAUCCAGAAAACUAGCUUUGAUUCCAGCUCCUCACCAUUGUUUAUGUUUAACCAAUCAGAGCUUAGAUUCCAACCUAUUUUCAGACUGUUUAAUUUCAUCUGAACUCCCCUUGUGUAAUCUGGUUCAGCUUCUUGUUUAUAAACAAGUGUUUCCGAAAGAAUUAUGAUCGUUGCCUUUCUGAUUUUUAUCUUAUUCUGCUCCAAAACAAACACAAUUUUGGAAGAAAGAAAGUACACAAACUCAAAAACACAAUUAAACGCUGACAGACAAACCACAAAAACCUAAACCUGAGGUACUUCUGCCAACACCUCUUUCAAAAGAUCAAAAGUUUUCUUUUUCUGUCCUUCCUUUCUGUUUUUUCCCUCACAUAGAUCAAUCACAAGGCCAGGGUGAAAAAGGCUGACAGAAAAGACAGAAUGACUAACUCUUUUCCUCUCCUGCAGGUGAGAUCCGUUUGCUGAAAGAUACCUCUCUAGACUUCGAGGUGAGCCCUCAGGUCCAGCUAGUGGUGCUGGCAGACAACGGUCUGCAGACGGCUCACUGCAGAGUCUUCAUCAACCUGCUGGAUGUCAAUGACAACGCACCAGUGUUUGAGCACAGCAGCUACAGAACAGCUGUGUGGGAGGGGCAAGUGCACAACACCUACAUCAUGCAGGUAAAUAUCAACAGUGUAGAAACCUUUUCGUACAGACACACCGUACAUUUUUUUAAAUAAUCCUUCCUAUAUUUCCUGCAGGUGUUUGCAUCUGAUGCUGACAGCGGGGUAAACGGGCAGAUUGAGUACUCAAUAGUUUCCGGGAACACGAAUGGAGCGUUUAUCUUGGACUCAGUUCGUGGGAUUCUUGCUACAAAUGUCCUGCUGGAUCGUGAGAUCACCCCCUCAUACAAGUACGACCUUUAUGUCUAACCAAACUAUCUCUAAAAUAUUAAAAAUGCAUGCAUAAUAAGGGUUUACAAACAUCCAAAACUGAUGCUAAAGUUUUCUUUAUGGUAUAAUUUUGUGAUCGUACUACAAACACACCCCUUAAGUUACUGCCAAAUUCAAAUGGGCAAAUCCUGAUUUGACUCAUUGGGCUCUAUUUUCGUGCACGCCGGUGAGGCGGCGGAGGGCGGCGAGCCCGCGCAGUUGUAUUUUCGUCUGGCGGAGCCCAGCGUAAGGCCAAUUCGGUAUUUUCGUGGCAUGAGCCGCACGGAGGCGAGCCGAGAUCCGCCAAGCUGGGCGUGGUGGUGUGGCAGGGGGAGGUGUCGACAGAAUCAGCAGGCGCAGUGACAUUUUCGUGCUCGCCAACGGCGUGUAAAGUGCGCUGAAAGCUCGCCGAUUCAAACCUGGUCAGCUUUUAGCGCAAGGCUGAACGCAGCUGGUCCAGUAGUAUUUUGGUAGACCGGCGGCGUAUCGACAUACGUCACUGAUGCCUCACCGGCAGGUUUCCACAGUGUCAGGCAGAUUUCAGUGCAAUAAAUAAUCAUCAACAACUAUUAAUCUGAGUCAGCACAUACAUUUAGAUCUAUAUCGAUAUAUUCUGAUCUAUAUGUGAUCUGAUGAGUGCGUUUGGCACGCGUUUGGACACACAACCUGACCGAAUCAACACAGCUGAAACCGCAUCAAAUUAAAUUAAAUAUCUAGUAAAUAUUCACACAUGAUGAAGUUAACAAGAUAUGUAAUUCGUCUCCCUCCUUUUCUUUCUUCCUCUUCCUCUUAUUUCUCGCACAGCUCGACCUGGACACGUCUCCAUGUCCUCUGUCCGUCUUGCUGCUGCUGCAGCUGAACAGAUGAUUUGUUUCAGUGCUCAGAUGCGUUAUCUACUUUAAGCCGACAUACGGAUAUUAUAAUAUUCAGUUUUGUGAGCCAAAUUUAUUUUAUAUGCCAACAUCUAUGAAAGAAAGAGCCAGGCCACGGAGCGCGAUGCGUCAUUUACGCACAGAUGGUUCCGAUUUUAAUGCCAUUUUUGGAGUUUAUGUUGUGAUCUGUGCGCUCAACCCACCUUUGUCACGUGAGGUUUGAAUAUAUGCAACUUUAUGUGAGUGUCUUUAUUUGUGGAAAAGGGUGUUUGUCUUACCAGUGGGUCCAACAUUACGCACACUAAAUCCAUCUGUGCUCAUAUGAGAGAGUGUGGAGGACACUUGUUGAGGAGCUGCCCUCUGUCGCCAUCUUGUGGCAUUACUGUCUUAAGACAUCUCUUGAUCUCUUUGACUACUUCAUGAAAAUAGUAAUACGCCUCGCCUGUGGCGGAUUUAAAGGCAAGGAGAGGAGCCUAUGUGAUUGGUGAAAACAGGUCUCGACUGUGUUAAACUCACUUCACGCCCUUUCUCCUCCCCGUCUAUGACUUAUGGUGCUGGGAGGAGCUGAGUUAGGGAGGGGGGAUACUUACGCCGGGCUGCGCGGCUCACCAAAAUACCAAAAUGUGCUUGGGAACGCCUUGUCAGCGCGACGGAUCUGACUGACGCUGCGCUUGCGGCACGUCUCCGGCGAGGCACCAAAAUAGAGCCCAUUGUCUUAAAUGUCAAAUCAUUGGUAGACCUUCCUAGAGAGGUAGGCCCGAGCUUUCUUUGUGCAAGUUAGUAAUGCUCGGUUUUCACUUUGGCCUAAUUAUCCAACACAAGAAAAUGCACUCCUAAGCUCAUGGAUAGAAAUCUGAGAAAAUACCUGUAGCCGUGGGGAGAGGCUGCUUUUGAUAUCUUACAAAACACAGUAUUAUUAAUCUGCACUAAACUCCCAGACUUUUGCAAUUAAAUAAACACAAGCAUCAUCUUAAUUAGUCUCACUCUAACCUUUUAAACAGAAUCUUUGCAGUCACUGUUCUGUGACUUACGAUCAAUUUCUCCUAUGCUGUCUUGAUUUUUAUUUACUCUGUAAACUUCUGUUUAUAAAGUGCUAUUGAUUAUUAUAAUCAUUAUUAUUAUCAGAAUACUGCAUAGCUGUGCAAGACUCUGUUUAACAGUGCAACAGUUAACUUCCUUUGUUUAAAGAUAUAAUCAGUGAUUUUUAUGAUAAACAUAAAAGUGCAUCAGUUCUAUCAUUUAGAGAAAUGCAGUAAGUACAUUUGUCACCCAUGUGUAAUCAAAAUUUAACUCAUUUAUUGGCUUCUUUUACUGUCCACUUUUAAAUUACAGGUUGGUGCUGCAGGCGGCAGACAGAGGGAACCCUCCACUCAGCAGCACCACCACCAUCAGAGUCCAAGUAGUGGAUGUCAAUGACAACAGUCCUGCCAUCCCCCCCAUGGAGCCUGUGCCCAUAGCAGAAAGUAAACAUCUUCACACCCCUCCAACUGCUCUCUGACUGCUCCUAAAACAGCUGAUAAGUUCUUUGUCUCUUCAUUUAUCUGACCCUCUCUGUCUGUAGAUCUGCCCGCAGGUUACAUGGUCACGCAGGUGACUGCAAACGACGUGGAUCUGAGCUCCACUAUUACCUACAGCUUCUCAGACAACAGCAGCACCAAUGUCCCCUUUGCCAUUGACCGAUAUACCGGUGUGAUUACUCUGACUCGAGCUCUGGACUAUGAGGAGCAGACUGAGUACACGCUGACAGUCUGGGCCUCUGACUCCCUCCACCAGACCACUGGAGAGGUCAAAGUCCAAGUGCUUGACGUCAAUGACAACGCACCAGUUUUUACUGAGGCCUCUUACCAGGUACUGAUGACAUAUUCAUUCAUCUAUUUAAAAAAAGUCACAGGGAGGAGUUGACAAGGCGGGGAAUAAAACUGUGAAUGCAUGUUUUAUCAAAUUAAAAACAACAUCAAUAACAACGCUCUACAAAGGCAUGGCCUGUUUAUGUGGAUCUGCUUUAGGAUAGCUUUUAUUUAAUGACAAACUGUUUCACAAAUUUGACCUGAGACCUCUAAAGAUGAGGUUUGUAGUUUAAGAGUUUCUAUCAUGGUCUUGCUACAGAUGUGGUUCAUAAACUGUUCUCUCUUUAAGGUGGAGAUGUCAGAGUCUGUCUCUGCGGACAUGUUAGUUUUGACGGUGUCUGCAGUGGACAAAGACUCUGAACUCAAUGGGAAGGUCACCUACAGACUGCUUUCAUCCCCUUUGCAAGGCUUUUACAUCCGUCCGGACAAUGGUAAGAACAGCUAGAGAGAUGGAAAAUACAUUCUGGGGUUGCUCGAAUAUAAACGUCUUGUUUGCAGCAAGCCAAAAACAUGCAGUAUAUUUCUUUAUGUAGAUGUUUAUAAAAAACGAAGAGGUCAAGAAGUCACCACGUGGACAGAACACUGAUCCAAAAUGUUGAGUCAAUUUUCUGUAAAAGACAUUACCUCAAGCUUUUCAAGUUUCAUUACUGACGACUGUCUGGUGGUAAAAUUCAUUUUUAUUCCCUCUAUUAAAUUCUGUUUUUCUGGCAAAGGUGGGGGGGCAAAGAAAAUGGCACACAGAAAUUUUCUCCCUUCUUUUGGGGAGCUUAGAGUUCAGAAUUAAAGGCUGCUUACAGUUGUUAUCCUGCCAGUAGAAGUAUAUUUCUCCAGUGUCUGCAUCUAGGAUUGAGUAUAUUCCUCUGACUUCGGGAGACAAAUGCAACAGAGAAGAGAAUCAGAACUCAGUGAGAUAAGGUGCUCAAGAGGAGCCAUGUCUGUCAUCUUAUCUCCUCUUUUUAAAUCCCUCAACCCAAGUUAAGACGAUGAAUUCUGUAGAACCGAAAGAGGCCUCCGCAAUUCUUGGCAGCCUUUUCCACCCAAGUGUGAUUUAUGAGCCUUUACCAUGUUUGAACCUUAAGUUUAAUAUCGGGGAAAUGUGUUUUCCCAGUCCUGCGGUGAGGAACACUAAUAGAAAGUGAAAUUUGCAUCAGUGUCGUUAAAAGUGCAGCAAAUGGAAUCCAAAAAUUGUAUGUGGUAUUUUUUUGUGGUUGGAGCUUCUCUGUGUAUUCAUGUUGAUUUGUUUCAAAAACAAUGAAAAUUUGCUGCUUUUAAGUCGAGCCUCAGAAUAAGUGAAAUCAUCAUGCUGAAAAGUUGGAGUGUGGUGAGGCUCAAUAAUAAGUUGGACGGACAAACACUUCAUUGUCUUUUUAGAGGAAAGGCUGCUCCUCUUGUGCAUAUGGAACUCAUUAAACAAUAGUCAGAAGGGAAAUGAUGUUGCAGUGUGUUCAAUGACAAGAACAGUUUUGAUGUAGCUCCCAGUCUAUUUACAUGAGAUGGCAUGUAAUUUAGAGCUUAUUCUAAGGGAGGAUAAAUCUGAUAUUUGUUAAACCAUUUAGCAUAUUAAUGUGACAUUGGUGAGGCCAGAUAUCAUCAUUGAUAUAGUCCCUUGGUGAGUUUUAAUUGAAAAAAAAAAAGAGAAGAAGACAGUAUGGCCGGAGGAAUCUCAUAAUGUCAUUAAAUUGUUAUUGUAAAUGCUUUGUCUAUUACAAAGCUGUUAUUGAUGCCGUAAAGUGACUAAUUUUGACAUCGUUAAAGCAGAACUAUACUACAAACCAAAUCUAGCACAACAGUCAUUAAAUAGUGAAAUUUCAGUAUAGUUCAAACAUAGCUCAGCGGGAUCACUGCUGGGCUAGACACAGUCAAAAAAACCCUCUUUCUCAAAUUUCCAGACCACAGUACUGCCCGAUCGUCCCUCACCACAAUAGGCUUCAAUGCUGUUACAAUGUGAAACUGGUGUUUUCAUGUUACGACGUGAGCUGGAAUCUCACAAAUUAACAUCAUUUUACCUCUUCCUGGUUUGUUAGCUAAUGUGAGCCAGUACCAUAUUUCAAAAUGAAAUACCUUUUUUUGAUUAGCAGUAUCAAACUUCAGCAUUAAACCACAACUUAGCAUUAGCGACUCAAUUUUAACUUGGCGGUAAAUGUUAGCUAGCUCAUGAAAAUGUUAUGAACAGCUUUGUUGGCUAACAGUUGGAUUACUACCAGGAUUAGCUGCUGUGAUUCAGCUGUUGGGCGCUUUUCAGCAAUGAAAUUGUAAAAAAUUAUCCAAUUCCCCAAAUUGAAGUGCCUAGCAGAUUUUCGACACAGUUUUAAAACAACUUUAAUGGCAUGAAGUCUCUUACCCUGAGCAGGACUUUGGGGGUAAAUGGCCGCUGUGGGUAUUGUUCACGGUUAGACACUGUCCUGGUUAUAUAAGACACUAACCAUAGCUGUAGUGUACAAUGAGUCAAAAACAAGUUUGUUUAAAGUAACCAGAAAGCUCAUCAGGACAGUAGGGAAUUUGAUGGUUUGGUUUAAUUGUUGAUAUAAAAACUAAUUCACUUGUCCUGUCUUGUCCUUUGUUAUCUUACAGGGUCUGUUUUCACCAACAAACCCUUAAAGGCGAUCACAAACAACAACCUGAUCCAUCUUCUGGUUGAGGCCAGAGACGAAGGGGAUCCUGUGCAGUCGGCUGUCACCUCCAUAGAUGUGCUAAUUGUAGACACAAAUGACCACGCACCACUAUUCCAUCAAGAUGUCUACACCCUCACUGUCCCAGAGGACACCCCCACUGACACUACUCUUUUGACCUUGUCUGCCGACGACCAAGACUGGAGCCCUGAAAAUACCCAUUUGGACUACUCUAUUGUUAGGGGAAACGAGGAGAAGCGAUUCUGUCUGGAAGUGAAAAUGGUUCAGGUUGAUAGCCUGAUCAGAAAUGUUGGAAAGGUUGUUCUAUGUAACCCCUUGGACCGUGAGAUGACUGAGAGCUACACACUAACAGUGACUGUGUCUGAUCGAGGAACACCGUCCCUGAACAGUUCUGCUGUAGUCAUGGUGACUGUAACGGAUUGCAAUGAUAAUGCCCCCGUCUUUGCCAGUACAGAAUACCAUGCACAGGUGAGUGAAAACAGCCAUGUGGGCACUAGGCUGGUCCAAGUCAGUGCUCAGGAUCCAGACCUGGGAAUCAACGGACUGUUGCGGUAUGAAAUCAUCUCAGGGAACAGCAAAGGUCACCUGAAUUUGGACCCUCAGUCUGGCCUCUUGGUUGUCAACCACUUGCUUGACUAUGAGGAGGACUCAAAGUACACUCUCACCAUUCGAGCAAGUGAUGGCGGUGAAUCCUCUGAGGAACAUAAGGUAGGUUUUACUGUGGUCUUCAUCACAGUGUUGGAUGAAAACGACAACUCCCCGUACUUCAUGUUCCCCACUGUUAACUGCUCCGUGCAGGAGAACCUUCCAGCAUUUACUCACACCUGUUCAGUUCAUGCUGUUGACAAUGACUUGGGUCUAUAUGGCCAGCUCACCUACUCAAUUUUGUCCUCCUGCUUCAUGGACUAUGGCAGCGGCAGUCCUGAGAAGAAGGAGGCCUUUGCCAUUGAUUCCCUGACUGGUGAUAUUCACACCAGACAGACCUUUGAUUAUGAGCGCGAGAGUGAGUACUGUUUUGUAGUGGAGGCCAGAGACAAAGGCGACAAAGCAGCUACAGUGAGAGUUCAGGUGAGCAUCAAAGGAGUGGAUGAGUUCAGUCCUGUCUUCACCCAGCAGCAGUACCAUUUCCUCCUGCCUGAUCAUGCCAAGCCUGGAGAUACAAUUGGUUACGUGAUGGCAAUGGACCACGACAGAGGGGUGGAUGGGCUGGUGGAGUACUCCCUCAUCAAGUCAUCAUCAUUUUUCUCAAUAAACAAAACAACAGGUUCCAUAUUUGUGUCAGGCCCUGUGUAUCGCAGACGAGGCAGCCAUGAGGACAUGGUGAAGCUGGUUGUGUCUGCAGGUAGUCCCAGACUGGGUUCCAAGACUACCAACUGCCUGGUUCUCGUCAACAUCUCCAGCUCAGCUGAGGCACUCACCGGGAUGCCUCUUGAUGUGCACAUGCUCAGUUUGAGUGUCUCCCUUAUCAUGUUUCUCCUUGUUAUUCUCAUAUUUGUGUGCCUGGUUCUGAGGUACAAGAUAAAAGAAGCAGCAAUCAAGAAAACUGCAGCCAUUGCUGCAAACAUAAACCACGGCACAGGCUCGCUCUGCGGAUCAAAUAGUGGCACACAGAGUUCCAUCUCUCUGCAAGAGAUGAAACGGCCCAAUGUCUUUGUAACCAAAAGAGACAUUAUCAACCCAUACAUUCAGUCUGAAUCAAGUGGCCGUGGAUCAGCCGAAGGUGAGACAGCUGAAGAUCAGGAGAUAAAAUGGAUUAAUGAGUACCCCUGCCGUAAAAGAGAUCAAUCUUUUGAAAGCAACCACAUCGCAGAGAUUCAGAACUCUGACUUAACUGCUGACACUAUCUCUUGUACCUCCAUCGAUGUGGGACCAGAGCACAUUUUAUCACAAUGUUUAGUCUCAGGAAUGGUCAGCACAGAGAGUCUCCACCACUUCAAAGAGGAGGGAGGAGGUGAGGGACUUCUUCCAGCUGUACUUCGGGUUAGGGAUUUGGAGGAGUGCAUGAGGACGAGUGGGUACGCUCCCCUCUCAGGUGCCCACACUUCUGCAGAUUCUCUUUCCUCGCUGUUGUGUUUGGAGGAGCAGCUUCAAGGAAGCUACAACUGGGACAAUGUUUUGGACUGGGAACCACGCUUCCAAACCCUGGCUGCAGUUUUCAACGAUAUUGGGAUGCUCCCUGAUGAGGAGUUACAAGGAGGCCGUGAAGACUUAGCAGCAGAGGCAAGCUGUCUCAUGUACCCACCCCCUCUUAUAACAGGAGUGGCCCAGCCUGGCAUUAGAACUGUACCCCCAAGAAAGCCAGUGCGGAUGCCAAGCCUGAGAAGGAAGCCCCCUCACAGUAGAUAUGCCUAUUCCCCCUUAGCCAGGAACACAGGACUCACCCCUUCAGUCAUGACCCCCACUUUCUCCCCGUCACUUUCUUCUCUUACUGUAAGAACUCCCAGUGCCUCGCCUGUUGUCUCUGAUACUGGAGUUGGGGGUAUCAGACUUGACUCAGGGCCCCUCACUGCGAGCUUGCUGGAAGCAGAAAUCCAGGUAUAGAGUUUGUGCUACAUUUAUUUCUAUCUUAAAUGCAUCGUCUUCAGAAAUAAAACAUCGAUUUAAGGGACAUUUCGCGAUUUAGUUUGAUUAUAUUCUCAUACGUGUUAUUUCAAAAACCAUAUACCGACAUGCAUACAGAACUUUCAGAGACAAACCAGUUGAGUCUGUGUUAUCCCUGUUUUUACGGCUAAGGAUGCAUCAGCUUCAUGGGUUUAGUCUCAAAUGGACAGUGCCAGAAAAAGUUUUCUUUUGAAGCCAUUUCAUACUUAAACUGAUUUGUUUCAUAACUCACUUCUGUAAUAAAACUAAUCUCUGGAAAAGCCUGAGCUCAUUCUUUCAUUCUCUCCUUCUUUGAAUAAGCGAGGUAAUUCAAGCUGGCACUUAAUUGAUAAGUGUUUUAUGGUAAACAUGUUUGUAUGUGCAGAAAAUGAAACACUCUCUUACAGAAAUUGGUUGCAGCUCCUAAAUGGAACGUUUUUCAAGGUUGGUUUAACUUUAAUAACCAAAGAAAGGCAACAUUGUUCCAAGGUCCUCCCUGACAUCAUUAAAAAACUGUUUUUAAUUCAGUCCAAUGUUUGCCUUCAUCUUUGAGAGAAUAUUCACCCAAUAAAAUGGCAAUUAAAUCCUUUGAGGAACAAGACUGGCUUUAAUCCUCCAAUCUAGGACAUACUAAUGUUCAUGUCUUGAAAACCUACGUAGGACAUUGGGUUCAUGAAGACGUGUCCAAAAUGGCUUAACUGGUGAGGGAUUCUUAAACACUUUAUUUGAAUUCAGGAAAUGGAUUAUUUUGUCCUCUGAUGGUGGAUUUUUAUAAAUCACUUACAGAUUUUAUGGCUGUCUUCCCAAAUAAAACAAAGGCCUGUUCCAGCCAUUAUUGUCUUCUGUUCUAUUAAGUGUGGACACUCUGUUAAUAAAAUUCACUUUAUAUGAAA